CGGGUGGGCCCGGCAGUGUGGGCCCGGGCCUGGGCGCCCGCGGUCGGGGCUCCCGCCCCACGGAGGGGCUACGGCUCUGAAGUGAAGAGCGAGGACGAGCUGCGGGUGCGGCAGCUGGACGAGGAGAACCGCGGAAUUGUGGUGCUUGGAAUAAACAGAGCUUAUGGCAGAAAUUCACUCAGUAAAAAUCUUAUAAAAACGUUAUCAAAAACUGUGGAUGCUUUAAAAUCUGAUAAGAAAGUUCGGACCAUAAUAAUUAGGAGCGAAGUCCCAGGGAUAUUCUGUGCUGGUGCUGACCUUAAGGAAAGAGCCAAAAUGCAUUCCAGUGAAGUUGGUCCUUUUGUCUCCAAGAUCAGAGCGGUGAUUAAUGACAUUGCUAAUCUUCCUGUGCCCACAAUCGCAGCAAUAGAUGGACUCGCUUUAGGUGGUGGUCUUGAACUGGCUUUAGCAUGUGACAUACGAGUAGCAGCUUCCUCUGCAAAAAUGGGCCUGGUUGAAACAAAGUUGGCAAUUAUUCCUGGUGGAGGGGGAACGCAGCGAUUACCACGUGCCAUUGGGAUGUCUCUGGCCAAGGAGCUUAUUUUCUCAGCACGAGUGCUUGAUGGCGAAGAAGCUAAAGCUGUGGGCCUGGUCAGCCACGUGUUAGAGCAGAACCAGGAGGGUGAUGCUGCCUACAGAAAGGCCCUGGACCUAGCGAGAGAGUUUCUACCUCAGGGACCAAUUGCAAUGAGAGUGGCAAAAUUAGCAAUUAAUCAAGGGAUGGAGGUUGACUUGAUAACAGGAUUAGCCAUAGAAGAAGCUUGUUAUGCUCAGACCAUUCCAACAAAAGACAGACUGGAAGGCCUUCUUGCUUUUAAAGAGAAGAGGCUCCCUCGCUAUAAAGGAGAAUAGAAGCAACAGAAAUUCUUACAGACCACUGUAAUAAGUGUACUUCUGGAAGUGUCUUUCCGACCUGCUCUUUGCCUCAGUGCAUGAGAUCUCUGACCAAAGUGAAGAGUGAGCUCCUCAGUUCGUGUGAAGAAAACAUCAGGAGCCAAGCCCUCUUCAUGCCGCCAUGUAUGUGGCUGUUCAUGCAGGUGUAUAAAGCUAGUAGUACAUGCUGUCAAACACAGAUUGAAACUAGGUAUACAUUUGUAAAUACUUCCUGCAUAUGAGGCUUUCCGUUCUUAAUUUUUUAAUGUGAAUAAUUUGUAUAUUGCACACUGUAGGGAAUAAUACAGAUAUGUCUACUGUGCUGUGUUAAGAAAAUAUAAUUAUUUCUGUAUACCAAAAAUGUGAAGUUACACCAAAUAAAAUUUCAGUUAUUACAUAGGAACACGCACGCACGUGCGCACACACACACACACACACACACAUAUGCCUCAACCUGAAAAAUGAAUUGAUAAGAUAUUCUGAGUGACUAUUGCCUAAUAUAAAUAAAAUUAAUGAAAAAGAAA